UGGACAUUCAGUAGACACAAUUGAUACUCUCGGAAUCAAUCUCGGCGACAUCACCGAUUUCGCAUAUCUAUGCCAGGGGCUGGUAUCGUUCAGCAUAUGCUUCGAUGCGCGCCUCAAUGUCAAUCGUGAAGGUGACGUGAUAAAACCAUCUAUUCCUUGGAAGAGGGCAAUGGAAGGCGUCACGAGUAAACUCAGCCAGUUGUAUGUAGGCGGAUCGCCCGUGUUUCCCGACCAGGUAGUACCUGUAUCUAGUUUCCUAACGGCCGUGUUUCCUAACCUCGAGGCAAUUUACUGUGCCGAUAUGAGGGUAUACUUGGAAGGUGAUACUAUAGAACAUAAGGCAUGGGAAGACAUCUCGAAUCUGGUGAUCGGGCCCAUAACCACUAGACGAGUAUUCCAUGGCGAGCAAUCUUACCAUAAUUACGCUCAAUGGAAUUAG